CCCAGAGGCGGCGGCCGCGAGCGAGCGAGGCAGGCGAGCGGAGCGGAGCGGGGCGGGCGCGUGUCGGGCGGCCGUUGAAGCAGUUCGGAGGGGCCAGGAUCGCAGGCAGGAUGGCGGCUGGGCCGGUCUGGCUGGCGCUGAGCGUCUUGCUGGGCGCCCUCGGAGGCGCCUCCGCAGCAGGCCCCGCCAUCUCCUCCACCAGAGACGUGACCUCGGGCUCCAACGUGGUCCUUUCCUGCAACGUCAGCGAGCCGCCUUCGGUCAUCAGGGACAGUUACUGGAUGAAGGGCGAGACGAAGCUGGAAUCGAACAAGUCGUCUUCAGAGUUCACCUCGUACCUGAUCCCGAAGGUGGAUCACGAAACCUCGGGCGAGUACCACUGCGUGUUCAACACCACGCCCGUCCUGAGGGGGACCGUGUACGUCAAAGUGAAGCCGCAUGUCUUUGCCUACAAGAAGUCGGAGCACGGGAACGAGGGGGACACCGCGGUGCUGACCUGCAAGUGCAACUCCUACCCGCCUGUCAGCCAGUGGAGCUGGUUCAAGGUGGUGGACGGCGUGUACCAGCCCAUCGUCAACGGCUCCGAGGACCGGUUCUACGUCAAGUCGGGGGGCAACCGGACGGACCUGCGCAUCCUGUCCUUGGACAUCGAGAAGGACGCGGGCGACUACGUGUGCAACGGCACCAAUGAGCAGGGCGAGGGGAGCGCCAUGGUGGGCCUGCGUGUGCGCAGCCGCCUGGCGGCCCUCUGGCCCUUCCUGGGGAUCGUGGCCGAAGUGCUGGUCCUCGUCACCAUCAUCUUCAUCUACGAGAAGAGGAGAAAGCCCAACGAGGUCCCCGAUGAUGACGAUGGAGGAUCCGCACCACUGAAAAGCAACGCCACAAAUCACAAGGACAAGAACGUGCGUCAGAGGAAUGCGAACUGAGCAGGCGCCAAGGUGAACGCCGGCUAAGCAGCUGUCCUCCAUGACUUCCCCGUGUCUUGUGCCGCUGCACCGAGUCCCCUAGUGCUUCCUCGCUGACAUCAGUUAAUUUCACUCUUAAGAGAAGCGUGCGAUUUUAGCGUAUCCCCACCCCUUCCUUUUCUUUCUUAAGGAAACAGCUGCAGGAGGAUGGCUUCUUUUUCCCUUUAAGUUCUCACACACACCCCGUUUUUUUGCUGUAGACCUCACGGUUGCUCCUUGGGCACAAGGGCGGGAACAGGAAACACAAUCUGCUGUAGAGGAAUGUAGAAAGCAGGGCUGGAGCUGUCAUCCCCUGGCCCUGCCCCGAGUCCCCGGCCCUUUUCCCCGACACUAAACUACCUUUGGGAAGCGAACCAGCUAGUCUCUCUGGAGCGACCCAGCCGUGGGAAUAUCCAGCCCCUCGCCCUGGGAAAGGGCCUCAUUUCAGCGAUCGGCACCCCGUGUCUCGUCUGGAGGGGAAGGGGCCUGUCCCAUUUGGCCAGAAACCCCCAGCUCGGGCACUGCCUUUUCCAGAACAGCCAGGGCAGCGUCCUUGAGAAGCGGGUGCGGCGCACAGACGCCUCGGCCUCCCGCCAAGUUCCCGUCGCCACGAGGCGGGGCUCCCCUCUGGGCUGCCCAGUGCUGCCCUGGCUUCCCAGUCCUUGCCUUCCCGGCAGGCCAGCUCCCCGGCCAGAGGCCCGUCGUGCUGCUCCUUGGGGGCUUUUCUCCCGCACGGCUCCCCGCAGGGCUCCAUGCCUCCGACUUGGAGAGCAGCAGGAACGGCCGCCGCUUGCGCCAUGUCACAGCUGCCUCCCAGGCCCCCAUUGCAGGCAUGCUGCGCGCCAGGGCCGGGGGCCAGAUGCCGGCAGGGGUGUCCUUCCAGCUCCUCCGGGCCUCCUCCCCUUCAUCUCCCGCAUUGGCUCGGCCACAGCCAAGAGGGCUACUGCCACGGCGGCAGGGCCCAGGGUGGAAACCGGGAUCCACCUCCUCCUCCUCCGACAGCCAUCAGGAGCUCAAAAGGGAGGGCCGCCCCUUGCGCUCCGUCGGCUGCUCCCGCUUUGGUCGCUGUUGAAACCGUUUGCCUGUUCUGGACCCUUCCUCCAAUAAAGCCGACUCUUUGUUGGUGUCUCCUUCCCA